AGAAGAUCCGAACUAAUUUUAUAAAAUAGUCUAUUCUGUUUAUCCAUUCUGAGUAAAAUUCAAGAAUUAAGACAUGAAUGAAAGAAUAUUUGCACAGUAAACGGAAUGGUCAAACAAGCAAUGAUAGUUCCGUCUUCUAGAGCAGGUGGAUUUAACCAAUCGUGUGAUGAAUAUAAUUUCUCUAUGCAGCAAUUUUGUUUUCUCAAAAAGGAUGUGUCACUCAAACUUAAUUAUAGAAACCUAUAUGAUCAAAAAAAUAGCUCCCCUGCCUCAAGACUGCAGUGCAACGUUGGCAAAAUGAAUUUUAGUUCAAACAUCUCGAUGAUCCCCGAGGAAUCAAAUUCAAAUGACAUGACAGACAUGAGAGGAAUAAUAUCAGAAGAACACAGCCUUGUGGUGACUGCAGUUUGCGGGUUCAUCGCUGUAUUUUCGUUCAUCGGCAACCUCCUGCUAUGCAUUGUUAUCUUAAAAAGACGAUCAAUGUUAACCAAGCCUUACAAUGUUCUGAUAUUCAACUUGGCUAUUACAGACUUGUUAACAGGAAUUUUUAUAACAGUGACACCAAGCUAUGUUCUUGGACAAAGGUAUUAUUAUGUGGAUGACAACAUUGCUGGUGAGUUGUUUUGCCGGCUGAUUGGCUCUACGUAUUUUCUGUUCGUGUUUGGAAAAGGUUCUACCUUGACGAUAAUGUGUCUAGCUAUUGAACGGUGGUUUUCAGUUGUGAAACCAGUAAAGUACAAAUACGCUUUCAAGAGAGGAAGGUUGCUGUUGUACAUCGCCAUUAUAUGGGCCUUCAGCUGCUUUACACAGAUCAAUGAACUCUUUAUCAUGAAAAAUUCUCACGGGAUCUGCGCACGAAGCUCUCCUCCUUACAGCGUGAAAACCGAAAAGAUACUGACACUGUUGCACAUCUUAGCGACUUUCUUUGUUCCAAGUAUCGUUACUUGGGUUACAUUUGCACAUGUGUGGUUUCACGUACGUAGUACCAUGGUUCAUCAUCGUACACGCUUGAGUAAUUACGAGCGCGCCAAACAGAAGCUGAUUCGCAUGUGCGCUUUGACUGCACUUUUACUAACAGUUUGUUGGUUUCCGGCGGAAAUGUUUUUCAUUUUGAAAGAAUUCAAUGUUGUUACACUCUCCUUAAGCUUCUAUCAAUUCACUGACAUGCUCGCAAUGUCGAACUCUUGUUUCAAUCCUUGGGUUUACUUUAUAUAUAACCGAGAAUACAGAAAAGCUUUCCUCAGCCUUGUUACAGUGAAAAUGAGAAAGCAAGACAAUCGAACGACUGCCUUUAACCUUUUGUCUACAGCAAAAUCUCCUUCAGUGGUCCUUAUACGACAAGUCAAUAUGCAGCCCGAACUCGGAUCAAGAGAGAUAAACGUCUACCUAUGACACGUUAAACAGUACACCAAAACUAUGUUACACAGGGACCAACCUCCCUUCUUAGGAAUCCCCGUUGUAGUACCAGAAGAUUUUCUGAGCCUUAUUGUGCCAUUAGAAAUAGUACAAGCACUUCAGGAGUUGUCAGGUCAUUAGGACCGUGGACUUGUCGGUCCUCAUUCAACAUUCCCAUCAGCUAACUAACUUGAACAGAGCUUUAAGAAAUUAAUAAAAGUGACAAAAAGUAUAAGAUUUAGUAUCACUGGUGAUGUUCAAGGCUAGCAUCCUAUCCAGGGAGGGGAGAGGGACAAGCUCCGGCAAGUUAAGACACAUAGCCCGAUGUAGAUUUCACCCUAAUGUUGGAUUUCAAUGAGCUCACAGUGGUGUUUCAUAAUGGUAACCGUGGAGUUUAUGAACCUCAGAGGGUGGGCAAGGUUUAAACACUAGAAUGUUUUAUACUAUGUUAACCUGAACAGUUUUAAAAGCUCAGAUAUUUGUCAAUUAUCGGGGAUGGACCUUUGGACUAUAUAUUAUGCAUCGUCUAUCAUUUUAAAAUCGUCCCUUUUCUUUGUACAAAUUAUCGAAAACCUUUUUCUUGGCUGGUCCCUUCAGCUAACUGUUAAGUCAUUUACCAAUGAAAGCCAAUGACAAGGCGGACACCAACAUGUGAAGUUUUCCUACAUGCCUCCACCCGGAAGUUAUCGUCAACCCUUUCGUCUUGCUCAUGAAAUAUGAAUUAAUCACAGUAAAACUAAAAGUAAAAAAUUCCUUCUUUAAAAUAAAAAAAACAGAACAAAUUAUAAUCCUGCCUUGGAGCUGAAUAGUGCAAACUCUGUUAUGGUCGUCAGUGAUGCAUUCCCCACUUGUAAAUAAUAAUUGGCACACAUGGUAACCGAUAAGUGCACUAGAUCAUUUAUUCAUCACGCCGGAACUGAUUAAAUAAUUUUUCAUGUCAUUAAAGGUUGCCAGGUCAUUUCAUAGAUUGCCACAUUACUCAUUCCAUCUGCUCUUUGUUUUCGGGGUUUUUUAAGUUUUUGUGAACACUUUUAUGGUAAUCCGACUGGGAAUUACUUACUUCGAAACAUAUUUAAUGUACAAAAAGAAACAGUUAAAAAGCGAAGGAUUUCUGUUUGAGCUAAAAAGAAACAGCACCGUCCAAUAACCAAAGAGAGAAUUUUAAGGCACCGGUUUAAGAUCUUGAAGUUGGCCGAUUGCGAGGUCUGAGUCUCAAGUGUCAUUAAAGGUAAGCCGGAUUUCAUGAAAAAAUGUAUAUAUUUCCUAGUCUGGUAAAGCAUUAAUCAAAAAUGAGAUGAAAUCAUCCAUUAGUUCUCGCAAGAAAUUUACAUUUCUAGAUGUCUGUUAAGAAAUAAACUUAACCAAAUAUUUUCACAACGCUUCUUUCCGGUAGAGCCAGAGGUGAAAAUGAACCAAUAUUUCACUAAAUUAAAAUACAA